AUGAGUCUAUUAGAAAAACUGGCUGAAGACCCUCAGAGCGCGCUUGUUUCGGGGCUCGACGAGACAAAACUGCUGAACGAGGCAAAACAACUUAUAGAUCCGAUCGCCAAACAGCACUCUGUGCUAGACGAGAUAUAUGUCGAGGGGCUCACGCCGUCCCAGGUUUGGGGCCAGGUCAAGCUUGUUGUAGAGGGAGUGAACGAGCGGGUUUGGAGCGACGAGUGGGAAGACGUGCGGAGCGAGGGUGACGAGGAAGAGGAUGAGGAGCGCGCUACGGAUACAGAAAGACAAGAAGAUUCAUCGGAGAGCGAGAGCGAGCCUGACGAGAGCAAGUCUGAGAGUGACGAGUCCGAGGUCUAUGAAAGUGCACAGGAAGGCGAGGAUCUUGGCUCUAACGAGGAGUUUUUUGGAAACGUUUCUGAGAACGACGGACACGAGUCAGAUACUUCUGUUGAUGUGGCUCCGCCCAAGGAUGCGUUUGGGUUGAACGACCAGUUUUUUUCGAUCGACGAUUUCAACAGGCAGGUGAUGGCUAUGGAGGAGGAGCAGAGCGAGGUCGAUUUGGACGCUGAAGAGUCUUCUGACGAGGAAAUAUACCACUAUGACGAUUUUUUCAAACCGCAGGUGGACCAGAAGCAGCAGAAGGAGCAGAAGAACGCCAAGCCGAAACAGAAGGCCGUUUCUUUUGAUCUCCAGGAGGAAGACUACGAUGCGGCGUUUGACUCGGUCGUGGCCGAUUUCAACAAUACGAACGAGCAGCUGAGCACCUUUGAAAAACAGCAGCUCAAGUUGCAGCGCGAGAUACAGGAGCUGGAGGCCGAGGCGAUCAGGGAAAAACAAUGGCAGAUGAAGGGAGAGGUGCAGGCCAAGCAGAGAGACGCAGACGCUCUUCUGGACGAAGAGCUCGACUUCGACAGGGCCGCCAAGCCGGUGCCUGUGAUCACGCAGGAAACGACCGAGACGAUCGAGGAAAUCAUCAAACGCCGCAUCCGAGACGAGAAGUUCGACGAGCUGCCCAAGCGGGUUGUCUCCGAGCUUGCCGACUUCCGUCCGUCGAAAAAGGUGGAAGUCAGCGAGGAAAAGUCGAGCAAGUCUCUGGCAGAACUGUACGAGGAGGAGUAUCUGGGCAAGCAGGACGAUGCUGCGAGCGCUGAGCUGAAACAGGCGCACGACGAGAUCAGCGUGCUUUUUGACAAACUGAACCACCAGCUGGACUCGCUUUGCUCCGCGCACUUCAUUCCAAAACCUAAGGAGAGACAGCUGGAGGUCAAGGUCCAGACGUCGACGAUCUCCAUGGAGGACGCGCAGCCGCUGACGAUGUCUGACGCGCAGACGCUGGCUCCGCAGGAGGUGUACAGGCCGGUGUCGAAGGUCGGAAAGGACGAGGUGCUGCUGAAGUCGGGAGUGGUGAUGUCGAAGGCGGAGCUCUCGAGAGAGGAGAAGCAGCGGCUGAGAAGGGCCAAGAAGCGGAAGCAGCACAACGAGCGCAGAGAGGACAGCAAGAAGAAGCGUGUGGAGAAGGCCCAGCAGGUGUAA